AUGGUGAAUUCUACCACCAUCUAUGUUCGCAUUAUCGACGAGAACGAUAAUGCCCCCGAGUUUCCGGAGGAGGAGUACGAGACGGUCCUGAGUGAGGGCCCCGAAACCGUGGGGGCCACCAUCGCCACGGUGACGGCCAUCGAUCCGGACGAGGGCCUGAACGGGACGCUGAGAUAUGCCAUCGCCAACGGCAACCUCAUCCAGACCUUCAGCAUCAACAGCAUCUCAGGGAGGAUCACAGCCGUCAAACCUCUGGACUAUGAGAUCAGUAACGGACACUACGCCCUGGUCAUCACAGCCACAGACCAGUGCCCCAUACUCUCUCUGCGGCUCACCUCCAGCACCACGGUUUUGGUGAAUGUUUUGGACAUAAAUGACGUGACGCCCACUUUCCCCAGACCGUACGAGGGCCCUUUCGAGGUGACAGAGGGUCAGCCGGGACCCCGAGUCUGGACUCUCAAAGCCACCGAUCAAGACUCAGGACUCAAUGGCAAAAUCGAGUACAGCAUCACAGCCGGAGAUUAUCAAAAUGAGUUCAUGGUUUCUCCGGUGGAAGGGGAGCUGCGGGUGAGGAAAGACAUCGAGCUGGACCGUGAGACCACAGGAUUCUAUAACAUCACAGUCACGGCCCGCGAUCUGGGAACGCCGUCACUAAAUAGCUCUGUGGUGGUUGGAAUCUUGGUGCUUGAUAUCAACGACAAUGACCCUGUGAUCCUGAACCUGCCCUACAACACCAGCAUCAGUGAGGGGGCUCCUGUCCACUACUCUGUGGCCCGGGUCAGAGCCACAGAUGCGGACAGUGGACGAAACGCUCUCCUGUCUUAUAACAUCACUGCUGGAAAUGUAGACGGAGCCUUCUACAUCAAUGACACAACAGGUGUGGUGCAUGUGAACCGCCCGCUGGAUCGAGAGCGAGUGUCUGAAUACAGACUGACCAUCACCGUCAAAGACAACCCUGAAAACCCACGCAUCGCUCGCCGGGAUCUGGACACGAUGGUGAUCACUAUCCUGGACGAGAACGACAACAGGCCUUUGUUCAGCCGCACGAGUUACAGAGCUGAGAUCACAGAGAACUCUGCUCCAGGCAGCACAGUGACAGUCUUGAACGGACCCAUCUUGGCGGAGGAUAAAGACAUCGAUCAAAAUGCUGUGAUCAAAUAUAAUCUGACCGGAGCCAGGGUGGACCUCUUUACUGUGGACCCUAAAACCGGUGUGAUUCUUGUCCGCCUGGGGGCAAACCUGGACCGCGAGGCGUUUUUAGAGCCCAGGGUUGAGUUGUUCAUUGUGGCUGAAGACAUCGGUGGAUUAAACAGCAGUGUGCCUCUGACUGUGACCAUCCUGGACCAGAAUGACAACCCUCCAGUCUUCAGCCCGUCCAGCUUCAGUGUGCGACUCCCUGAGAACAGCCCCACAGGUGUGGUGGUGACGCAGCUCUCGGCCACAGACGCAGACUCGGGUGCAAACGGCUGGCUCUCGUAUCGCCUGGUGAGCGGCGCGCAGGACCGUUUUCUGGUGGAAUCCAUCUCCGGAGCGGUGCUGGUCGGGAACUCCACGCUGGACCGCGAAGAGCGAGGGUCCUACCGCCUCGUUGUCAUGGCGACGGACCGCGGCACGCCCCCUCUGUCCGGCACCGCCACGCUCACGGUGAUCCUGGACGACGUGAACGACUCGAGGCCGCGCUUCAUCGAGCCCGUCACCGCCAUCAACGUGAAUGAGUCCACUCCGGCCGGUGUGGUCGUGGCCACGCUGACGGCGGAGGACCAAGAUCUACAGCCCAGACUGGAGUAUUACAUCAUCUCUGUGGAAGCAAAGGAUGAUGGGAACAACCCGGUGGGCGGCCUGCAGGACUCCUUUGGCAUCGACUUGCACACCGGUGCAGUCUUUGUGCGAAACCCACUCAACAGGGAGCUGGUGGCUACAUUUGAAAUAAUUGUGUCUGUUCACGAUAACGCCAGUGAAGUUAUCGACAAAUCCGGCAGUGUGCCAAAUGCGAGACUGACCAUUAAUGUGCUGGAUGUAAAUGACAAUGCCCCUCGUUUCCGCCCGUUUGGAGUGACAAACUUCACAGAGAAGAUUUUAGAAGGAGCUCAGCCUGGGACCACUCUCCUGUCUGUGUCUGCAGUGGACCCAGACAAAGGCCCCAACGGACAAGUCAUUUACCAGCUCCUGCACCUGCCGCGGGGUGACUAUGUCCGGCUGGAGGACCCUUCCACUGGUAAGAUUGUGGCCAACCAGACCGUGGACUUUGAACAGAUCCAUUGGCUGAAUUUCACCAUACGAGCCCAGGACCACGGCACGCCUCCACGUAUCGCUGAGCUCCCCGUUUUUCUACGCAUCGUGGACAUUAACGACAACAACCCCAUCUUUCUACAGCCCACAUAUCAUGAGCCUGUAUUUGAAGAUGUAAACUUGGGGGCCACCGUAGUUCGCGUUCAGGCCACAGACGCAGACUCGGGCCUCUUUGCAGUGCUUGAAUACAGUCUGGUGGAUGGAGAGGGAAAGUUUGGCAUCAGGCCCACUACUGGCGAGAUCUACAUCCUCUCUCCGCUGGACAGGGAGACCAAGGACCAUUACACUCUCACGGCUGUGGCCCGGGACAACCCUGGAGGCAGCCCCAACAACCGCAGGGAAAACUCUGUGCAGGUGCUGAUUACAGUCCUGGACGUAAACGAUUACCAGCCGAGGUUUUCUGAGCGUGUGUACAACACCAGUGUGUUUGAGAACGAGCCCAGUUGGACCUCUGUCCUCACCAUUAAAGCCACAGACCUGGACGAAGGAGACAAUGGAGCCCUUCUCUACACCAUGCUGGGAGCCAACACUGAUGCCUUUGCCCUGGACCCAAACACGGGUUUGAUUCGCUCGCGCCGCAUGCUGCUCUCCUCUGAGCACUUCAACCUGACCGUGGUGGCCACAGACCAGGGCCGACCGCCGCUGUGGGGGACCGCCAGGCUCAUCAUCACCGUCAUCGACGUCAACGACAACAGGCCCACGUUUGUGCGGCCAGCCAACGGCACCAUCAUCCAUAUCUCUGAGGAGCAGCCUCCAGGCCUCAACGUCUACGAGGUCCAUGCCACAGAUUCAGAUGAGGGCGUGAACGGAGAGGUACGCUAUGGGUUUCUUCAAACCGGAGCCGGGAACAGAGACUGGGAGAACUUCCACAUCGAAGCGGUGACAGGAGUCAUCACCACCACUGUCAAACUGGACCGGGAGAAACAGGCCCUGCACAGCCUUAUCAUUGUGGCCCGAGACUUGGGUCAGCCAGUGCCUUACGAAACCACACAGCCUCUGCAGGUGGCGCUGUUGGACAUAGAUGACAAUGAACCUGUCUUCCUCAAACCACCAGUUGGUGCUGCACCUUAUCAGACCCUCAAAGUGCCUGAACACUCGCCUCCUGGGACCAUCGUGGGACAAGUGACCAGUGCUGUGGACGCGGACGAGGGAUCCAAUGCUAUUGUGUACUACUUUAUUUCAGGGAAAAACACGGAUGGAAACUUUGCCUUGAGUCUGGACGGGGAGCUGAGGCUGACGAAGGAUUUGGAUCGAGAGGAGACGCCGUCCUUUACCAUCAUCGUCAAAGCCUCCAGUAACAAGAGCUGGACCCCUCCCCGUGGAUCCAGAGCCUCACAACCCCGAAACCUGGACCCGGCCCGGGACCCAAGUCUGUUGGAGGUCCGCAUCAUCCUGGAGGACAUCAACGACCAGACGCCUCGCUUCACGAAGGCAGAGUACACGGCAGGAGUGGCUACCAAUGCCAAGGUGGGCUCCGAGCUGAUCAAAGUGGUGGCCAUCGACCACGACAUUGGAAACAACAGUAUCGUUCAUUAUCACAUCGUUACCACUCAGUACUUCCAGACGCAGAACAACGACAGUGAAGUUGUGGGAAAUGUCUUCAUCAUUGGCCUGACAGACGGAAUUAUCCGCACCUACGACCUGUUCGGAGCGUACAAACCUGGAUAUUUUCAAAUGGAAGUUUUGGCUUGUGACAUCGACGGACGCUGCACCACCUCCAACGUGCACAUCUACAUCCUACGGGACGACCAGAGGCUCAAAAUUGUCUUCAACGAGAUCCCAGACAUCGUGCGAGCAAACCAGGAGGAAUUUCUUAACCUUUUGUCCAACAUCACAGGAGCCAUUGUAAACUUAGAUGAUGUCCAGUUUCAUGUUGAUAAGAAGGGCCGAGUGAACUAUGGCCAAACAGACAUGCUCAUCCACGUGGUGAACAAUGAGACCAACUCCAUCCUGGAUGUAGAAAAAGUGAUUCAGAUGAUCGACGAGAACAAGGAGCAGUUGAAGAACCUGUUUAGAAAGUACAGUGUGGUGGACGUCCAGCCCGCGGUCUCAGAGAAACUGCCCGAUGACUUAUCAACACUGCAGCUGGUCAUCAUCAUCCUGGCUGUUCUGCUGUGCUUAGCAGGAAUCCUCUUCAUCACAAUGAACUGGCAUUACCGCAGAGUACAUGAGAGGAAGCUGAAGGCUGUCACCGCUGGGUCCGCUGGAAACCCAGGUCUAAUGGACAUCUUGGAUAUGCCCAAUACUAACAAAUACUCCUUUGAAGGGGCAAACCCGGUCUGGAUGGAUCCGUUCUGUCGGAACAUGGAGCUGGCGGUUCAGGCCAAUCACGAGGACGACCUCCCUGAAAACCUGAGCGACAUCGCGGACCUGUGGAACAGCCCGGCUCGCACUCACGGAACAUUUGGUCGAGAGCCUCAAGCCAAACCUGAAGACGAUCGGUAUCUGAGAGCAGCCAUCCAGGAGUACGAUAACAUCGCCAAACUGGGACACCUGAUGCGGGACGGGCCCAUCAAGGGCUCGUUGCUGAAGGUGGUUCUGGACGACUACCUGAGGCUAAAAAAGCUCUUUGCAGCUCGCCUGGUCACCACAUACACAGAGCAGGAGAGCGCGUCUGUCACAGAGCUGAUCCAGAGCGACCUGGAAGACGACGAUGACGAGCGGCUGGGCAUGGGCGGAGGACGCGGCACUUUGCAGUUCAAGCACAAACUCCCCUUCGAGCUGAAGGGUCCGGAGGGCGUGCACGUGGUCCACGGCAGCACUGGGACACUCCUCUCCUCGGACAUCAACAGCCUGCCCGAAGACGACCAGAGGGCUUUGGCACGCUCCCUCGAGGCUCUUAACUCGGACGGCGGGCUGUAUUCGGAAAGAAACGCUCGCACCGAAUCGGCAAAAUCUACCCCCAUGCACCGCCACAAAGACGGGGACACACACACGCUGUCGGAUAGCCCGCUGGAGAUCACAGAGUUAUGA